CAUUCUCGCCAGUUGUAACGGAGCGCUCGCGGAGCGCACACCGUAGCGUCUCCGCGGCUUUCAAACUUAAGCUUCAGGUCGGUUUCCAAUUCUGCCGGAUACCUUUCGCUCCUUCGAGAGUUACAGUCGUUAUUUCUUUGUCCGACCGUUCGUUACACAGUGAUCCUUUGGAUAACUCCAGAGACCUUUCGUGCGGCAUGUGUGGAGCGUUUCAUUUACAAAAUGCACGCCGAAUGUCCCUUUAACCCCUACGCGAUGAGGUGGUGAGUCUGUUCGUGUGUUGUGAUCAUCGGGUAAAUCGUCCCGGGGCUUAACACGAGGUGCUUUCUGGUUUUAAGACAGUGAACUUGGUUCAUCUCGAUGCCGCUUGUAUGUUAAAUUUGAAUAUGAUUCCCACGUGUUGACGCGUGCGCUGUUGCGAGUACUGCAUACCGCUCGACUGCGAAUCAGUAAAAGUAAGAAUCAGGAGGAAUGUUGAAGCACGUGUCGGUCUCGCCGUGGAGAGGGCGAUCGGACAGCGUGAGUCUCUCUUCCAGCGGCGGGGCGAGUAGUUGCGGAAGCGGAAGUCCUACCCCUGGUCACACACCACCACCCUCGAGAGCGUCUUCAUGCGCUUCCCUAGCACCUUUAACCGCCCUGUCAAGCUUCUCACCGGCCGAUACCGCACCCCAACAGACCACCAUCAAGGUGUACGCCAACUGCCUGCGGCCGGACAUCGAAUACAAGACUUUGGGUAUCACCUAUGAAACAACCUGUCGCGAAGUCGUGCAGAAUCUUUUGAACAAAUACCGAAUGAGGCACCGUGAUCCACGACUGUUUUACCUAACUAUGGAAGUGACCGUGAGAAGGGCCAACGUGCGCACCAUCCUACCGCUCGACGAGGACGCACGACCAGCCGUCCUGCAAUCCUGCCAUCCUCGCGGCGAUUCCAAGUUUUCGUUGCAGACGCGCCGCGGCGGACUUGUGAAAAUAUACGACAGCGCACUCAUGUCCGGGUCUAAGUACAAGAGCCUUCUGGUCUCGGAGCAGACCACCGUAGACGAGUUGAUCCAGAUGCUGCUGAGUUGCUAUAGCUCCAAGGAACCAGUGGAGCAGUUCUCUCUCUACGAGGUCUGCGAAGGUGAAGAGUACCAAAGGAAAUUACACCCCGACGACUCUCCGCUCAAGGUCACGCAACGGUGGACUAGUGUGGAUAGACAUCUUCGUAUUAGACGCAAUCCAGAUUACAAUCCACAUAGGCGGAAGAGCAUGUGGGCGUCGGAUUCGAGCAUCACCAUGGCGAUGUCGAGACUGAAUCUCCACGACGGUCUUCCCAGCUACAACCCGAGGCUCGACAAUAACAAUCACCUGAGCUUGCAUCACCUCGCUGGAAAAGUCAGCGUCACCGCUAUAAACAAGAAUAACAACAACAACAACAUUAUCCACCAGAAUCAGCAUCAUCUGUCGUUAGGCUCCAUCAAUCAGACGCCGCGAAUCGUCGUGCCUCACGCCGCCGAUCUUUCGCAGGUGCAACUGCCGCGGGUGCAACAACUUCCGCAGAGCGUUCCGUCGACGCCGCUCUCGUCGAAACACGUGACUGCCUCCUCCUACGCCGACUACGAGAAUUAUCUCUUUAUAUGAGGACCGUUUACGAGAGUCGAGUUCGCGAGCUUGCAUCGAGCGCGGUCGAAAUGGAAGAAAUCGAUCGCGGAAGUUCACCUCGCAAGACGGUCAGAGUUACCAGAGAUCGAAAAUACAACAUGCAUUGCGAUUGUUUGAUUUUUCAAUCAAAAUGUAAUAUUUAGAUGACGAGUACUACGAGUACUCUGAGACAGUGUGUUGGGCAUUGGUUGAUUGAAAUUUUAUUUGACUAAAAUAACACUAGGAUCAACAUUUAUUAGGUCAAAAAUAAAAUGUCUUACAACUUCUUACCACUUAUCGCUGUAAUCAGUAAAUCCAUAAUUAAAAUAAAUCAAUCACCAUGUAUGCAACUACUAUAAAAAAUCAAUUUCAUUAGUCGAUUCAGUUAUUCGUGAUUUUAUAUGUGACAAUUGACUAAUUUUGUUUAUUGAUUUGUAGUAUUGACAAGUAACAUUUUAAUUGAUUAAUAUUCAACACUGCUCUGAAAUAUGAAUAAACGUGUAUUUUCGGAUUAUAGUAGGAAGGGACUAAUGAUGCUAACUAGUCCUAUUUAAUUGCUUGAUCAAUUUCGCUACGAAACUUGACGAAUUUGUUUUCUUUGUUAAGAAGAUCUGAUUUUCAUAAAAAAAGAAUCAUUUUGAAUCGGAUGUCGCAAUGUUCGAUCAAUAAUUAAACAAGUACAUAAAACGCAUUUGUAAUUGCCGAAGAUCUUCAACUCCAUUUCAUUAUGUCCGUCAUAAUAAUGUCGUAUUUUAAACGAAAUUCAAUGGGAAUUAAGCUACGAUUUUCCGAUUGUAUUCAAACGCUCGUUUGUCACUUGCGUUUUGGCGAAUGAAAAGCCGAUAACACUGAACAAAGAGAAUUUACGAUAUUAGUUAUUAGUGAGGGAAAUUGUACCAAAGGUAGACGU